AUGAAAGGAUGGAGUGACGGCUGUAAUCAUCCUGUCCGGACCAGAUGCCUGAGGGUCCAAGGGCCCUGUGGGCCUAGGACCAUUCGGCGGCAGCUGGCAGCACCUGGUGCUUCAGUUCGGUCCCUGCCCCCGAGUUGCGCCCCUGCACAGGGCGCCGCCCGAGCGUCUUGUCCGUGGAAUUUCAACCGAGCCAAGGAGUCCCCGGAACAGGACCCGCCCGGACCCGCCCCCCGCCCCCGGACCUCCGGUCGCCAGCAAAACCUGGAGUUGCAGCGCUCUCCCGGCACCGUUGGGACGGCGGGGAGUAAACUGGGCAUGCUCGGAGCCGGGCGGGGCCCGAGAGCCCGGGAGGCGGAGCCUCCUGGCGGGGCGCAGGACACCUCCCGCGGAGCUCAGCUGGCCUCUCAGCCCCUCAGUUCCCGCCCUCAGUUAGGGUGGGGUCUGGGGGCAUUUUUUGUUUUCAAAGCCCAGUGGGAAAGCUGGGAAUUCAUAAUCCGCGAAAGACGUUCUUCGUCCUCUCCCAGCCGCUGUGUGACCUGGGGUAUCACUGAUGCUGUGAUGAAUGGGACUACGGACAAGAGCAGCUUCUUAAAGGAGCACAGAGCAUAGGUUACUUGACAAGUCACGGCUGUAAGUAUGACCAGGGCCUGACAAUGUAUAGCUUGCUCCAAAGAAACAGCUGUAAGUCAAGAACUCUUACUCCUGUUUUGGAAAUGCAUGUGGCUGAGGAAUGGAAGAGAAAAGAAGAGCUUUGGGUGAGGAUGAACGAGAAGUUAAAGUCCUUUCAGUGACCUUCAGAUCAAGAGUCAUGCUUUCCUGACACAGCUGGUCACAAAACGGCCAGAGAAAGAAGAUGGGGAACUGCAACAACCCAGGCCUCGACUGAGUUGCAUUCAGGAAAAGGCGGUCAUCUGAAACCUCUCCUAGCUUGGCUGACCAUUUCAUCCCUGAGACGCUGGAAACCUGAUCUGGGCCCGGCAGAAAACCGUGCUCCCACCCCCUGGUGACAUUUCAAGAACGGGGGACGCUGUUCAGCCUGCCCUGUGCUCUGGUGACCUUCUAGCGUUGCAUGGAUGACACAUCACAGGAUUUCCUCAACUGCGCUCUGGCGUCCUGCUAGGAUGUCUUUCUCAUUUUUUCCAUGGUACACAUAGUCACUGCAUCACAGUCCAAACAAACUAUCCAGCGAUGCCUCUGUAAACAUGAGUCACAUGUGAAGUUAAAGAAAUCUGUGUUUGGUUAGAGACAGCAGAGCUCCUAAGGUGUAUCAGCUUUGCAUACAAGGUAUGGGUUGAGGAGAGUCGUCUGAUUUCCUGCCAAGAUGCCCGAAUGGUGCUUGGGGAUUGACUUCGUGUCGCAGUCACCACAGCUGACACAGACGCCGCUCUUCUUCAUCCUAAAACUCCCCUUCCAAGGUGAAGUUCUCCAGCUUCUGUCUGAGAAAACAUUACUCUGUCUCCAUUUUUCUCACCUCUGUGAGCUUCUCUCAGUUUGGUCUUUGUUGCCACCACCUUGUCCAGCCUUGGUCAUCCCAGUCCAAGCCCAAGCACAAACCUUGUUCUCGUUUCCCCUUGAAGAAUGAAGGCCACCCAUAUCAACCUCCUGAAAUGACUCAUUCUCUCAUCUCUGCCUGUUGAAAUCCUGUCCAUCCUUAACCGGUUUGCAGGGCAGAAAUAGAGACACAGAUGUAGAGAACAAACGUAUGGACACCAAGAGGGGAAAGUGGCGGGGGUGUGUGUGUGAUGAACUGGGAGAUGGGGAUUGACAUAUAUACACUAAUAUGUAUAAAAUGGAUAACUAAUAAGAACCUGCUGUAUAAAAAAAUAAAUUAAAAAAAAAAAAAGAAA